UCUCUUCGGACGAUGUCAUCUGACUUUCCCUCUCCAGAUGGUUCGUGUGCUGGCUCGCCUACGUAUGCAGUUAAAGCAAGAGAUGUGUGUAUGUCACCAUUGCGCUGCUGCCAGUGUAUUACAAGCUAUUGAGUUUGCAGCGUUACUCCUGACCUGCGCAAACGGUGCGCACCGUAUUCACUUUAAGGAGCAAAAGAAUGUCUCUGUGCCCUGCUGAUGCGCUCACGAGCUCACCACACGACCCCAUUCUCUCCACUGAGACGUCGGACGUCGCUUCCGGGACCGAAGGGCGCGACAGCAACGCAUCGCCGCCGAACCUCACUUGGCCAGAGCCCAUGGUCAUCCUCUUGGCGAGCGAGCAUUCCAGCCCUAUGAAGACGACCAACCGCUUCUGUAUUCAGCAAGAGCUAUGCCCGCGUUCUAGGGUAUAUAAGACAAACCCUGGCAGAGCAGAAUGCAGCAUCACUCGAAAAGCUCUUCAUCGCGUCUGUGAUCGCCCUCGGGGGUAUGUCCCCCAGUGUUAUCUCCGCUAAGCCGAGCUUGUGAAAGGGCAUGGCCGUGCGGGACACGUAUGACCCGACGCCGACGUACCCCACUGCCAGCACCGUAUGGACCAGCGGCGACAUUGAUGGCGUCUCUUGGGACGCGUCCCUCGUCCCAUAUUCGGCUUCUAACAUCUCACGUAUUGACCUCUACCGCCUCGUGGGACCAGGAGAUGACCAGUUCGUCACUAACCUCACGAAGAACGUCGACCCACGCAGUGGCUCGAUCGCAUUCGCUGUGCCUGAUAUCGAGCCUGGCGACAGCUAUUUCAUCUCAGUCGGCGGCAUCGGUGGGUCCACGAGCGCGACAUUCCAGAUCCAACCCCGGGACACAAUCCCAGUUAUCCUCUCUCCAGAUGGCAGCACCGUGUGGACAAUCGGUGGCGAAGGUACUAUCGUCUGGGAUGUGAGCCAGCUCCCCGAAUGGCCCGGCCCG